GGCGGCAGCAGCAGCAGCAGCAGCAGCAGCUCUGAGCUCCAACAUCUCACAUGGGUGUGUCCUAAUCCUGAAAUUCGACUCCCCUCGAUCCUGCUCCGGUCACCCCGACAUUGGUUCAAUUUUAAAGCCAACUCCAUACCGGCAUCACAAAGAAGACAGAAGAUGAGUUUAAAGAAGCAAGAAAAGACUGAGUCAACCAUUUGUGAGCAGAGAGAAGGAAUGCUUGUGUGGAUAAGGCAAUUUCUAAGAUUCCCCCUGGACCAGAGGAGACACGGUCAAAAAAGUGCUGCGAGCCCACUGGAUGCAGACAGCCUGCAAUAGAUGACCUCAGACAGAUGGCUCAGUAGAACUGAGAAGAAAGGACGUGGUGGUGGGUGGACUGAUCGACACAGAGAGGAAAAGAAAGAAAGACUUCGAGAGUGGAGGAAGAGUGAGGAAAACACAAUUCCACGGACAAAUGGCGUGAUGACCGAUGUUAGCUCUGUAUGUGUACGAGUACCUGCUGCAUGUAGGAGCACAGAAGUCAGCACAGACCUUUCUGUCAGAGAUCCGAUGGGAGAAGAACAUCACACUCGGAGAACCUCCGGGGUUCCUGCACUCGUGGUGGUGUGUUUUCUGGGACCUGUACUGUGCCGCUCCAGAGAGACGAGACACAUGUGAACACUCCAGCGAGGCCAAGGCCUUCCAUGACUACAGUGCUGCAGCAGCUCCCAGUCCUGUCCUUGGGAACCUUCCUCCAGGUGAAGGCAUGCCAGUGGGUCCAGUUCCUCCAGGAUUCUUUCAGCCAUUUAUGUCACCUCGAUACCCUGGAGGACCCAGACCACCACUCCGAUUACCAAAUCAAGGACUUGGAGGAGUCCCAGGUGGUCAGCCUAUGUUACCCAGUGGAAUGGAUCCGUCAAGACAGCAAGUACAUCCAAACAUGGGAGGACCCAUGCAGCGCAUGACUCCACCCAGAGGCAUGGUACCGUUGGGGCCCCAGAAUUAUGGAAGUGGAAUGAGACCACCACUUAACGCCUUGGUUGGUCCAGGGAUGCCCGGCAUGAACAUGGGGCCUGGUGGGGGCAGACCUUGGCCGAAUCCUCCAAACUCCAAUUCAACCCCUUACUCGUCUGCAUCUCCGGGAAGUUAUGUGGGUCCUCCAGGAGGCGGAGGGCCACCUGGGACCCCAAUAAUGCCAAGUCCAGCAGAUUCAACCAACUCCGGCGACAACAUGUACACUAUGAUAAACACAGUCCCUCCCAAUGGAAACCGACCAAAUUUCCCUAUGGGUGCAGGUGGCGAUGGUCCGUUAGGUGGAAUGGCUGGAAUGGAGCCACAUCACAUGAAUGGAUCAUUAGGGUCAGGUGAUAUGGACAGUCUCCCAAAGAACUCUCCUGGAAACCUAAGUAUGAGUAACCAGCCAGGAACCCCCAGGGAGGACGGAGAGAUGGGAGGAAACUUCCUGAACCCAUUUCAGAAUGAAAGUUAUUCUCCAAACAUGACGAUGAGUGUGUGAAGGCUGGACGCGCCUCACUCGCUCACUCGAGCUGAUGUGGAUCAAUAUAAAGCAGAGAGAGAGAGAGAGAGAGACGGGAGGUGAUGUCCUCCAGGCCAGUGACUCUUCCUCCCCCACCACCACCACCUCACCUAACCUGUCAGGACAGUUACCCCACACACACUCUGUCCUUCUACUGCCCCCACAACUCCACCAACGUGUCCUCGCCCACCCUUUCACAUUCACCCCCGUUCACCCCUCGCUCCUCUGUCCUGAGUGGUGACUCUGCUUAAUCCGUCAGUUCUUCCUCUGCAUCGAUGAGACUGUACAAAGGAACCAAAUUUAAAAAAAAACAACAAAAAACCCCGGAGGAGAACUCUUUGUAUAUUUGCAUACAGUGUGUGACAGAGCGCACACUCCAGUCACAGGCGAGUGUUUCUGCCUUUUUGCGUCAAGUCACAUGACACCCGCCCACCACAACAAAAGGCCAGUAUCUUAUUUAUCCUCGAGUUUAAAGGACUUUAAAAGAGAUAAAGACACUUUUUGAUUGAUUUAACUGAUGUUCGUGCAGAUAUUUGUAAAGUCAUCUUUUGUGGCGGUCUAAAUCUUCAACGUCUUUUAUUUCGUGAGUCUUUUCCAUCAGAAACUCAAUCACAAACAUGUGAGGAAACGCGACAUGAUCACACGAUGACAGGAAGGCUUCGCUCACUGAGGUCAAAAUCAGCUUUCGUUCCACGUUUAAAGUGAGACUAUGUGACUUUUUGGAACAUUUGUGACCCAAGUAACAAUAACAGGACACAUGAUGGUAAGUGUGUCGACAUAUUUUUGAAUAUGGCGCCGUGGCGAUGCUAAAAACACAAAAAACACCUUCUGAGUGAUUUGUCCUCGUGGAUCAAAGUGCAGUCAGGUUAUAAGUUUCUCUUAUUGCUGUGUUGCAUAAUGAGAAUGAGGAUUUUCAGGAUGACUUGAGUGACACGGACGAGGAUAAUGCUCGAGCUAAAUUAUGUGACUGACGUUUCAACCAGUAGACACACUCGUAAAAUCUGUGAAAGUGUUUAAAAAAUAAAUAAACACAUGGGUCAUUGAAAGAGCUUGAAAUUUGUGCAAGGAGUUAUGUUGAUAUUUAGGUUACGACGCCACCUACUGUUCCAUGCGCCCUGCAUUGCUUUAUGUACGUAGACGAGGCAUUCGGUCCUUGAAUUUGAGGGAAUUGGUACUGGAAAGUCCUUGAGUUUGAUGUCAAACAAGGUGUGGGAACCCUGAGAUUUUAAGUACACGUGAUAAAAAAAAAAGUUACAUAGCCUCCCUUUAAAGAAGAUCAGAUCUGCCUUUAUGCAACGAGAAAAAACUAUAUGGCUUCACAUUUUGCAAUUUAGACUGUAAUGACAUAGCAAAAAUGGAUGGAGCGCAAAAGAAUAAGUGUUUAAGACGGGCUGCUUUUGUUUGCUGCGGCUUCUUUCACCCGUGGAUCUAUAACUAAAUAAAUAAAUAAAUCAAAGAUUUAUUACAUGUAUGGCUGGUAAAGACACAAGCUUAUCAAGUCACUUUGGUCACCAAUAAUGUUACCGUCAUCCGAAUAAACUGUGAUCUACAAGUGUGGUGUAAGAGAAUGGUUGGUACAGAAAGCUGAAUAUAAGCUUGUUUUUAAUCGUUUUUUGUUGUUUUUUAAACUGCCCAGGACGUAUUAUCAUCAUCAUCAUCAUCAUCAUGUAUCAAAGGUCAAUAUUCCCCCUUUUCCCCGUCCUUUACUGCAAAGUGUACAGCUCACAAAUGUAGCUCCUCUGUCUUGUAUGUGUAUUUGAUAUUAUUGUUAUUAUUUAAAUAAGAAAAGCGGUGGACCGAUGACGCGCCAUCACAACUGAACUGAGAUUUAUUUUAUUUUUAUUUUUUUUUUCUAUUUUCCUGUUAGAUUGAAGCCAUACACCAGAAGAUGCAUUUGUAAAUUGGAUCAUGUUUUCCAUUUUGUGGCAGUAUAAUGGGAACUCCAUUUGUGAUGUGUUAAUUUCCCUCUUUUUUAAUUCUUUAUUAUUGUGUUUUUGUAAAUACAGAGAAGUAUUUCAUGGUUUUUGAAUAUGCUGGUAUAAAGCUUCUCUUCCCUUA